AGGUCCACCGCCCGAUAGAGACCAAAUGAAUCACGCCGAGUGUCUGAAGACCAGGAAAGCCAAGGCGGCCGCGGCUAAAGCUGCGAUGGCGAAAGCCAAGAACGCCCCUGCCUCGGAGUCCCACUCCUCGGCCUCUGAUGCUGCCAGGCGAACCGCCGAGGGUGAGCAACAUUUAAUCGCCACUAUGCUGGCCCAGGGUUCCGGGGCCCCUGCUCUCGAAGCCGCCCUUCCGCCGCCGGUCGUCCCCACGAAGACGGCUCCUCAGAAGGGGACAGAGAAGGUCCCUGAGAAGAAGCAGAAGAGGGGCCGUGAGGCAGCCUCCUCCGGGCCUCUGCUCGAAGACGCCGGCUCUCUGCCACUAAGCCGGCCGGCGGAAGACCUCUGGAGGGAGAUGGCCCUCAAUGCCGGUCUUGAGUUGCCCCGCCGUUCGUCGUCUGAGGCGACCAGUGCUGCCCUGGCCGCCGCUCUUCAGUCGGGGCUUCUAGUCCUUCAGGCUGAAGCCGCC